GGAGCAGCGCGGCCGCCGCCAUGGACGAGCCGGACACGGAGCCGCCGCUCGUGGUGGUGCCGGGCGCGGACCCGUCGGCCCGGCAGCUCUGCUUCGCCUGGGGCCCCGCGGAGGUGCUGGUGUGCGAGACCCUGUUCGGCCGCGCAGGUACCGGGGAUGGAGCACCGAGUUCCUCCCGCGUCUUCGUGGUCCGCAGGGACCAGGACAUUUACAUCCACACCCUGCGGAAACUCUUCAACGAGUCGCACGGGAUUUUCAUGGGACUGCAGCGGAGUGAGGAGGAACUGGCGGGGAAGUCGCGGAAGGCGCAAUUGGUUCAAGUGAGUAAAAACUACCGGUCAGUGAUAAGAGCCUGCAUGGAGGACAUGCACCAGGCAGCUGUUUCAACCCGGGACCCUGCCCUGCAAGGCCAGUACAGCACUCAGGUUUCCAUUCUCUCUGCAAUGGAGCUGAUCUGGAACCUGUGUGAGAUUCUGUUUGUGGAAGCAGCUACAGCUGGGCCCCUCCUGCUGCGCCUCCUGGACUGGGUGCGGCUCCAUGUGUGUGACGUGGACAGCAUGGUCCGGGAAGUUCUGAGCAGUGAGAGUCCAUCCAAACACAAGCUCUUCUGGAACGUGGUGGAUGUCUUUGUGCUCCAAGGCCGGAUGGAUGAAGCACGGCACCUGCUCUCCAAGGAAGCCAGUGCCAAUCCCGCAUCCAUGAACAUGUACAAAAUCUUGGAUGACUUGAUGAAGAAGAUGCCUGUGCCCAGUCUUGGCAACACCCAGACUCUGACAGAGCUGGAACUGAAGUGGCAGCACUGGCACGAGGAAUGUCAACGGUAUCUACAGGAUGGAACUUUUGCUUCCAAUCCCCACAUGGAGUCCAUCUGCAAGAUCCUGCUGGGAGAUGAGGAUGCCAUUUUGGAGAAGAAGGAGCUCAUGACCACCUGGUAUCACUUCCUCGUCACCCGGCUCCUGUAUUCCCACCCGACAGUGAAGCCGAUGGAGCUGCGUUUCUAUGCACAGUCUAGUAUGGACCUCUUCCUGGGUGGAGAGAGCAGCCCUGAGCCUCUAGACAUGAUUUUAAUGGCAGCCUUUGAAUUUGAGAUGCAUCAAGUGAUCAAGGAAUGCAGCAUUGUCCUGAGCAACUGGUGGUUUGUGGCUCAUCUGACUGACCUGUUGGAUCACUGCAAACUCCUGCAGUCUCAUAAUCUCUAUUUUGGUUCAAAUAUGCGUGAAUUCCUUCUGCUGGAGUAUGCCUCAGGACUCUUCUCCCAUCACAGCCUGUGGCAGCUGGGGGUGGAUUACUUGGAUCACUGCCCAGAGUUCGGCCGGGUGUACCUGGAGCUGCACAUCGAGCGCAUCCCCCUCAGCACGGAGCAGAAGGCCCUCAAGGUGCUGAGGAUCUGUGAGCAGAGGCAGAUGCAUGAACAAGUGCGCAGCAUCUGUAAGAUCAUGGCCAUGAAGGCUCUGCGGAACAACCGCCUGGGCUCGGCCCUGUCCUGGAGCAUCCGGGCCAAGGACGCGGCCUUUGCCACCCUCAUCUCAGACCGAUUCCUUAAGGACUAUUGUGAAAAGGGGUGUUUCUCUGACCUGGACCUCAUUGACAAUCUGGGCCCGUCCAUGCUGCUCAGUGACCGGCUCACAUUCCUUGGGAAGUACCGGGAGUUCCACCGGCUCUACGGCGAGAAGCGGUUCGCGGAGGCGGCGCGGCUGCUGCUGACGCUGAUGACGGCUCACAUCGCUCCCUGCUCCUUCUGGAUGACGCUGCUCACGGAUGCGCUCCCGCUGCUGGAGCAGAAGGAGGUCAUAUUUUCAGCAGAGCAGACUUAUGAGUUGAUGCGAUGCCUGGAAGACCUGACAGCAGGGAAUCCAGACAAGCAGAAAUUCCAGGAUGAUGAUGUUGAGACAACCAAAGUGGAAAUGCUGAGACUCGCCCUUGCACGGAACCUCGCACGAGUCAUCGUCAAAGAAGGCACCGUGGAAGGAUCUUGAAGACUGCAGGGUGUUCCUCCUCCUCUGGGGCUUGCUGUACAUAAACUGACUUUUUCUAAGAAUAAAUGUUUUGUUUUGCAGA